AUGAGAGGUGAAGGAAUGAAAGGGGGAAAUUUGGGGACUUCAGCCACUGAUUCCCUCCCAGGGACUCCCCAUAUCACUGUCUGGGCUGAGUCAGGCUGAGUGAUAACUUUUGGGGAGACAGUUACCAUCUGCUCGGGUUCCCUGGAGACCGAGGAGCACCAUCUGGAUGGAGAUGGAAGGCCAUCACACUGGGACACUGAGAAACCACCGAGGCCCAGGAACAAGGCCAUGUUCUCCAUCCUAUUCUUGGGAAAGGAGUCUGCCAGCCAGUAUCACUGUUACCAUCACAGCCACAGAGCCCUAGUGGCACAGUGGUUAAGAGCUUGGCUGCUAACCAGAAGAUGGCUCCCACUUAAAACAGCUGCCCUUUCUCUCCUAAGACCUGACUAUAAACCCACCGUCUCAGCCCUGUCAAGCCCUGUAGUGACACCAGGAGGGAAGGUGACCCUCCAGUGUGGCUCAUGGCAGGGAGAUGACAGGUUCAAUAAGUCUCAGGAAGAACACAAGUGCUCUUGGACCCUGGACUCACAGAAAAACCCCAGUGGGCAGUACCAGAACCUGUUCCUUGUAGGACCUGUGACCACCAGCCACAGGUGGACAUUCAGAUGCUACCACUGUUACAAUGCCACCCCGUAUGUGUGGUCACACCCCAGUGACACCCUGGAGGUCCUGGUCUCAGGGACAUCCAGGAAGCCCUCCCUCCUAACCCAGCAGGGCCUCAUCAUGGCCUCCAGAGAAAGCCUGACUCAGUGUCACGCUGAUGUCGGUUAUGACAGGUUUGCUCUGUCCAAGGAGGAGAAACGUGACCUCCCUCAGUGCCUUGGCUGGAAGCCCCAGGCUGGGCUCUCUCAGGUCAACUCCCCACUGGGUGGUGUGAACCCUACCCACAGGGCUAACAAAUGUUAAGGUGGAUACACCCUCUCCCAAGAGUGGUCAGCCCCCAGUGACCCCCUGGACAUCCUGGUCCCAGGAGAGCUACCUUGCACGCCCUCACUCUGGGCACAGCAAGGCCCCACUGUAGUCCCUGAAAAGAACGGGACCCUGCGGUGUGAGUCUCUGAGCCACCUGAACACUUUUCUUCUUUCCAAGGAGGGGUGAGCAAACUCCCCCACCCCAAGUCUGAGAACACAGCACCAAGCUAUGCUGUACUAGGCCACCUUCACCAUGAGCCCUGUGUCCUCAGACCAUGGGGAGACCUACAGGUGCUAUAAUUAAAGCACCUUCCCUUACCUGUUAUCAAAACCCAGUCACACCCUGGAGCUGGUGGUCUCAGGUGAAGAACCCCUGACCCUGUCCCCUCUGUGUCCUGAUGGUCAGUUCAUGGAUGAAUUUGGAAGGUAUUAUGCUGAGUGAAAUUAGUCAGUCACAAAAGGAAAAAUAUUGUAUGAGACCACUAUUGUAAGAACAAAGAAAAGUUUAAACACAGAAAAAAAGCAU